UGUAGUUCCAGUGCAGAAGCAAAUGUCAAAAUUCUAGACCCACUCAUAUUGUAAAUAAUUUUUUAGAAAGUGAUUGAAAUGGCACAAAUUGGCGAACCAUUAACUUUGUCUCGAGACAUAAAACGAUCCAUCGAGUUACUGGAAAAGCUGCAAAAAAAUGGAGAGGUCCCCGCAACUAAGCUGGCAGCUCUGCAAAAGGUACUGCAAAGCGAUUUUCUCAACGCCGUAAAGGAGGUGUACGAGCAUGUGUACGAAACAGUCGACAUACAGGGCUCUCAAGACGUUCGCGCUUCCGCAACGGCCAAGGCGACGGUCGCCGCAUUUGCCGCCAGUGAAGGACACGCCCAUCCUCGUGUCGUCGAGCUGCCUAAAACAGAAGAGGGCCUCGGUUUCAACGUGAUGGGUGGCAAGGAGCAGAACUCGCCGAUUUACAUUUCACGAAUUAUACCCGGCGGAGUGGCCGAUAGGCACGGUGGUUUAAAGAGAGGCGAUCAGUUGUUAAGCGUCAACGGUGUUUCUGUCGAGGGUGAAAAUCACGAGAAAGCAGUUGAGCUGCUGAAACAAGCACAUGGGUCUGUCAAAUUGGUUGUGCGGUACACUCCCAAAGUGUUGGAGGAAAUGGAAUUACGUUUUGACAAACAGCGGGCACGGAGGAAGCAACAAUUUACUUAAGCAGUAUUGGUAUAGUUUCUCUUUUUGUUAACUUAUUUCGUGAUCUUAAAGGUUUAGUCUGGUUUAAAGGGCGAGUGAAAUCUCCUUUUUUCGGUGUCAGUUCGUAUCACAUCUAUGGCAUUAAGUUAUGUGUACGUUAUUUAUUCUUUAAGUUUUAAGGUUGAUGGAUAAUUUAUUGAGUAGUCUAUAUGGAUUGUGUGCACUAUAUUUUUGCACAAUUUUCACUUACAGUCACCUAUAUCUUACGGAAAUAAAAAAUUUCUUCAAUUUUA